GUUCCACUUUAUUUCCUCUGUCCUUUCUUCGAUCGAGAUCUACUCAUCCGCCGAUCGAUACAGCUAGAGAUGAGCACUAAUGGCGAUUCCAUCAUCCAGCGAAGCAACAUCGGAUCUUUACAGGGAUGGAGAUCCGUCCUAAAACACACUAGGAAUCGAUUCACCGAGAGCAGAACUCGAUAUGAUUCACUGAGAACAAGCCAAGCUUUUGAAGGCACCUAUUGAAAGAAAGCCAGGCGUUCUCCAACCUCCUCCUUUUUCUCUCCGUACCCAUCUUUUUGGGUCGAGAUUACUCGUUGGUUAAUGGCAAGUGAUCUCAAGUCAAAAGCCCACCUAUUUGAGUGCUUUGGUACCGCCGAUUGUUAUGACCAGAAGAGGCCAUAUAUACAUACACCCACUCGAUGGUUUGUCACCACCCGUCAUGACAUGGCUGCCAUCCUCGUCCAGCUACUGGUGUCAGCCCUUCUUCUUCUCCUUCUCGUGACCAAUGGAGCGUCCUCGGCGAGGCCACACCCUCCCCCGGCUUCCGCCGGCGAAGCUCCGAAGGCUCCAAGGAUCAGCUCAACAUUAGCGGAGGAGGAGUCGGAGGCGGGUGCCAGCAGGAAGCGCGUGCCGCCUUCUGGGCCGAGCAACAAGGGACACGGCUCGCCGGAAUCCUCCACGCGCCAUCUGCUGCACCUGCACGCCGACCACGGUUGUGCCGGAAGACAGCGUUUUUUGACGGAAUGUUUUGCAGUUCCAUUUACGCGUCUGGUUAUGCACAGCCAAUGCAAAUCUCAUCGUUGCUUUCGCCCCUUCUCUUCGUCCGUGCGGAAAGUGUCGUCUCCAAAGUUGAUCGAUCGCUCACGGAGAUGACAGGAACGACUCGAUCCGAUCGAAACCUGAUAUGGAUUUGGUCAACGGUCAACUCGACGCGCCGAAAAUGUUCGUCUACUGUCUGGGUGGAACUCCUCGGAGACCUACAAAAAAAGAUCGGUGUCGUAUUUUAAGAUUGUCAUUCUAAUACAAGUUGGUGGAGAUCCGAGGUAAAGAGUUGGGGGAGAGAGAGAGCGAAAUGCUUUUGCAUAGGGGAUUAGCCCUCUAAUCGAUCUCUCAUUAAAACAAAUUAGCCGUAAUUUUUUUUUAUCGUGAUUUAAAUAAAUACUAUUGAAAUA